UAGCGGCUACAGUGUUAGCUAUGGGCAGCUUCAUGGAAAACGCCUUCCCAGCUGGAGAUGAAAGCGACGCCAGCAAUGACGACUGGGACAUCGGAUGUACUUCGGAUAAAAAGUCCUCUCGUGUCAAGGAUCAGGAUGAUGAUGUACCACAUGUACAAGAUGAUGUGUCGAGGUUGAAAAGAGCCAUCAGUAAAGGAGACACUCAGACUGUCGAACAGCUGUUGGACAAAGGCAUGGACGUGGAGACCAGGCUCGGCUUUGAAUGGACUCCUCUGAUGUGUGCUGUCAAUGUGGCUGAUUACGACCUGACCAAACUGCUACUGGACAGAGGAGCCAGUGCCAACUUCAGCAAAGAUAAUUGGACGGUGCUCAUGGCCAGCUGCACAGCAUCUGCCAGUGAAGACAAAAUUGCUCGUUGUGUGGAGAUCUUGCUGUCCAGAAAUGCUGAUCCUAACAUGGUGGACAGGUCUCAAAUGACCUGCCUGAUGCUGGCAGCCAGGGACGGCUACAGUAAGGUCAUCAACCUGCUGGUCUCACAUGGGGCAGAAAUCAAUGCCCAGGAUAGCAAUGGAUACACGGCUUUGUCUCUAGCAGUGCAGUACGGCAGAGAGGAGGCGGUGCUGAAGCUCCUCCAGCUGGGAGCUGACAAAACAUUACGCACCAAGGCUGGCAAGAGCCCUGCAGACCUGGCUGCGACUUUCAAACACACACAGAUCGGCAGGAUCCUGGCCUCUUCAUCCCACAUCUCUACAGUCCAGGCCUUCAGCUCCAUGGAGGAGACCCUCUCAAAGUUCUUCAAGACCAACUCUGAACCGCCACCUUCUCAGGAAAGUGUAAACAAGCUUGAUGACCUUGAGCUCCUCCUACAUGGCCUCGAUCUCGGCUACCUCACUGACAUUAUGACGGAAAAUGACAUCACCUGGAGCUACCUGUUGACCAUGGAGAAGGAGGACCUGGAGAAGGUUGGUAUCAAAGACCCAGAGGACCAGCAGAAGGUGCUGAGUGCUGUGCGGCAGAUGCACCUGGACAAAGUGGACCUAGACACAAUCAGCCCACCAGGAGCCGAGGACAGUGGGAGUGAGGAGCUGCAUAACUUCCUGAUAAGUGUGAAGCAGCAGUGCUGCUACCUGACGGAGAUGAUUCAGGACGUCGUCAGCCGGUUUCCCCGCCAAACAUCUCAGCUGGUCUUCUCACUGGACCCGAAGAAGGAGGCUCAGGCCGUCUGCAACCAGCUGGUGGUCCAGACUACAGACCUGCAGAAGGAAGUCACCUGCCUCCACAGUCUGCUGUGUCAGAUGGAAGAGGCCGGAGAUUGCUGUCAGCUUCCUCAACCUGGUUCCCACGGCAACCGGAGGAUGCGGUCCCUGACCGGACUCACAGUGAGCACACUCGGAGCCACCUUCGUCUUCCUCCUUUACAAAGCGGCCAGUGGGAAGGGUUACCUGCAGAGAUGGUUGUGUUAAUCAUUAGUUAAUGAGCUCGUGAUAAUAAUUUGUUUUUGAUAACAGUAGGUGAUAAACUGGAUCACUGAGGGACUGAGAUGUCUCAGGAAAAGGUUUGACAGGACAGCGUUGUUAUUUUGCAGCUGUAACACUUGAUUUCCACUUUGCUCUGUCUUGUCUUUGAGUUACGUUCUGAAUUCUUUGUUU